AUGAACAGCAGGGCCCCAGGGCCGCUGGCCGUGGGGAGAGUGAAAUUCUUCGGCCGGCACCGCGGGGAGAGGCUGCUGACAAAAAAAAAGGAUGGCUGUGUUUAUGGCUGGGAGACCCAGAGCGGGUGGCUGCUCUGGAGGCUGACUGGCCACGCAGGCCCCGGGCAGUUCUGCCGCUUCUCCCCUGAUGGCCAAAAAAAAGCCACCACCUCCCAUGACUGUACCAUCUAGCUGUGGGAUGUAGCAGAAGCUAAAAAAAAAAGUGUCCUCAAGGGUUACCAGCGGAGUGUGGAGACGGUCAGCUUCAGCCCUGACGGAAAGCAGCUGGCAUCAGGUGGCUGGGACAGGCAGGAAAAAAAAGGGGAGGUGCAGUCCGGGCAGAUGCUGCGCCACUUGGGAGGGCACCAAGACUCCAUCCAGAGCAGUGACUUCGCACCCAGCUCAAACUCCCUGGCCACUGGCUCCUGGGACUAAAAAAAAUCCAUCUGGGACCUGUGGGUGGGGACCCCAGCGACCUUCCACCAAGAGCUGGAAAAAAAAAGUGGCAACAUCAGCUACCUGUGCUACUCGGCAUCUGGCCUCCUGGCUUCUGGCACCUGUAAGACUAUCCACAUUUGGAAGCCGCCCUCUACCAGAAAAAAAAUUGUUCAGCUCAAGGGCCAUGUUACCUGGGUGAAGAGCAUGUUUUCUCCCGAUGGGUCACAGCCGGCCAGUGCCGGCUACUCCCACAUGGUCAAAGUCUGGGACUGCAACACAGGAAAAUGCAUUGAGACAAAAAAAAUAAGGCCUCAGGGAGUCCUGGAUGUGGCCCAUGCCUGCGCCUUCAUCCCAGAUGGGAAACUCUUAGUGUCUGGAGCUACUGACCAGGCAAAAUGCCAAAGUCCGCUGCUCGAUCAGAUCACCCAGAGCCUCUCGGAUAUAAAAAAAAAACAAUGGUUCUCAGAUCUCAAGCCCGUCUCUCCCUGCCCAGGGCCCAUGCAACCAAAAAAAAUGAACUCAUGA